AACAUAUCACUCUUCGAAUAGAGUAUAGUUGGUUAUUAAUGCAUGUAUUAUAUUGCAAAGUUAUUCAAACUAUUUCAUUACGCGUCGUCUCCUUCGUCUCUUCUCAAUAUUUUGGUGGCUAUCAAAUUAGCAAGGACACAGAAAGAAAAAUUUGUUUUUAAUAUUUAAUCAWUUUUGGUAAAUGUGUARUAUAUUAUAAAUACCUACAUCAAUUAUAUCAAGACAACAGCUUUAAAAAUAACCAGUUUGACCUUUAAGUCGAUGUCGCAAGACGGAAAAAUGAAUUAUGAAGAUUUGAAAUCAAAAUUUGAUCAAGAUGGUUAUGUUGUAAUAAAAAAUUUUCUGAAUGAAAAAGAGACAWUGGAACUCAAGGAUGCAGGAGAAAAACUCACCGAGAAUGUGCCGGCUGAUGUUAAAACUGUGUUUGCAACCAGUGAAACAAAACAAGUGGCCGACAAUUACUUCAUGGAGAGUGCCGACAAAAUAUCAUUUUUUUACGAAAAAGCCGCGCUGGAUAACGGAGGAUGCCUAAUGGUCGACGCCUCGUUGGCGCUGAAUAAAGUCGGGCAUGCCUUACACAGGUUGCACCCGACGUUCGAGGCGUGCACGUACGGCAACAAGGUGAAAAACGUCUGCCGAGCUUUGGGCCUAGUGAAGCCAGUAGUGCCGCAGAGCAUGUAUAUCUACAAAAACCCAGGUGUUGGUGGCGAAGUCACCUCGCAUCAAGACUCUACAUUUCUCUUCACGGAACCAGAUUCAUUAGUCGGGUUUUGGAUAGCCUUGGACGAUGCUACGUUAGAGAAUGGUUGUUUGUGGAUGAUACCGGGGUCGCACAAGACAGGCAUACACAAACGUCUUAUUCGUAAUCCGGAUAAAUGCAAUGAAAUAAAUCAAACAAUUUUCCAGGGAACGCAUCCAAAAUAUGAACAGUCGUUAUACGUACCAUUAGUCGUUGAGAAAUCCAGUCUCGUUUUAAUACACGGAAAAGUGGUACACAAAAGUGAACAGAAUAAGUCACAAUACUCGCGGCAUGCAUACACGUUCCAUGUAUUUGAUGAAGGAAUUAGCCAAUAUUCUGAACAGAAUUGGUUACAGACAAAAGUUGGAUUCAAACCAAUUUAUGUUUUAUAAACAUCAACAAUUGAAAUACAAUAAUUUUACACGACGAA